GAGUUGUUUUGAACAGUCAAUUACUACUAUAGGUACCUAAUGAAAAUGUUGCUGCAACAUAUAUACUUUUUUUUAUUGGCAUCAUUCUUUAUAAAUCACGUUUAUGGUAAUACGUGCCAACAAAAAAACGUAACCUAUGGAUAUGUCUGUGUUUGUAACUCAACGUAUUGCGAUACUGUACCUCAAGUAGACGUAAAAGAAGGAAUCUAUCAACUAUAUACUACAACGUCACAAAUGUUGGGUUUUUCGACUAUAAAAGGACAAAUUAAAUCUAACAGUGAAGGUAUUUCUAAAUAUAAAAUAGACUUGACGACUUCCAAUCCCAAGCAAACUGUUUUUGGGUUUGGUGGUGCAUUUACAGGUUCUACAGGUUUCAAUAUAAAUGGUCUUUCUUCAAGAGCACAAGACAAUUUGCUGGAAAGCUAUUUUGGUGCUGGUGGUAUUGAGUAUACCUUAUGCAGAGUUCCUAUUGGUGGUAGUGACUUUUCUUUAAAGAAAUACACAUAUGAUGAUGACCAUGUGGGUGAUGUGGAUUUAAAGUACUUUGCAUUGCAAGAUGAAGACUUGCUAUUUAAGAUACCAUAUAUAAAAAAGGCUAAUGAGUUAUCAAAUAACACUCUGGAACUGUUUGCUAGUGCUUGGUCGGCCCCUCCAUGGAUGAAAACCAACAAUGACUUUGCUGGAGUAGGUUUUUUGAAGCUGGAGUACUACCAAACGUGGGCGGAAUAUUAUGUUAAAUUCUUCGAAGAAUACGAUAAAAGAGGUGUUAAGUUUUGGGGGGUAACCACUCAAAACGAACCUUUUGACGGCUUUCUACCGCAGUUGAUAUCCCAGAUACCCUCUAUGGGAUUUGAUAACCACCAAAUGAACCAAUGGCUAUCACAACAUCUAGGCCCAACUUUAAAAAAUUCGUCAUUCAACGAUUUGAAAGUCAUGAUACACGACGACAGCAGACACACUCUACCUUUGUUGCCAAUAAUUUUGGAAAACCCUCAGUCAAUGCAAUAUGUGCACGGCGUUGCAGUGCAUUGGUAUGCCGACAAAAUCACCCCAAGUGAAUAUCUUGAUCUCUUCACAAAAUCCAGCAAAAAGGAGUUAUUCUUGCUUGGGACUGAAGCUUGCAAUGGUUUUUUGCAUGCCUUAAACUUGGAACAUUCCGUGGAGUUGGGUAGUUGGGCUAGAGCUGAAAAAUACGUCAGGAAUAUCAUCACAGAUUUCGCCCAUGGUGCGGUGGGCUGGGUGGACUGGAAUAUGGUUCUGGACGAAUCAGGUGGGCCAUGUGCAAUCGAUAACAAAGUGGAUGCGCCUGUUAUAACCAACAAUGCAACCGGUGAAUUUUAUAAACAACCCAUGUUUUACGCCAUGGGCCAUUUCUCCAAAUUCUUAAGACCAAAAUCUCAGGUCUUGGAUGUUCAAGAUGGCUUACUUAAAAGUGUGGCAGUAUUAAGGCCUGAUGGUUUACACGCAGUCCUUGUUUUUAAUGAGGGUCAAGAUGCUACAAACGUUGAAAUUAAAUCAAAUAAGGGUGUUAUCGACGUCGAAAUCCAAAAACAUUCCAUUAACACAAUUCUAUUUUAAAAUGUGAAUUAUUAGUACCUACGUAAAUAAAAAAUUUCAUAUUAUUAA